UCUUCCCAAACAGUUUCAUGUCCCAUGUGUUGCGACAGUAUGACAGUCUUCCAAGCGUCUAAUAUUAAUGAAUUUGCUACGUUGCGUUAUAUUUUGCAUACCAUAGCUGGUAUGUUAAAUGUAAUUUAUUUUAGUUUAUAGAAAUUUUAAGUCAUUGUCUUUGUAUUCCCACGAUUUCGUUAAAAUAUCUCCAGAUGCCGGAGAAAGACGAGGGGUGGCAGGUGGCCCGUCGGAAGAAGGGGGCUAAUCGGAGGAGAAAGCCGUCUCAUCCGGGCGAUCAGACCCCAGAGCAUAGCGAGACACUGGAUCUCCAGAGAACCAAGAAGCGAAUCACAGAAACCAUGUCUGAGCUGAGGUGUACAGACUUUUGGCCAGAGUGGAAGGAACAACUCGCAGGCAUUUUGUUAGCUCCAGGAUCUUCCGAGGCUGGCCGCGACCUGGCCCCUGAGGCCCCUGGAGCUUCUGUCAGCGUGCCAGGGUGUGAGGGAGGUGUGGAGUCUGAGUUGGAAUGUGUGUGUUACGGCCUGGGCUCCUUUUCUUCCUGUGUGUCAGCCCGCUAUCAGCUGGCCAUGCUGCUCCUCUUGCUGGACUCUCUACAGAUCCCGGUGAAGAGCUGCUCUUUGUACGACCCUGUGUUCUCCUCGGGGGAGAGGGAGAUACUGAGGGAGCUGGGCCUCACAGUCCUCACUGAGAACGAGGAAGGGAAGAGACAGGUGACCAGGUCCACUCUGUUUUACCUGAUGCAUUGUGGGAAAGCACUGUACAACAAUCUGCUGUGGAAGAACUGGCAGAGAGAAACUCUGCCCCUGCUGACCAUCGUAGGAAACAGCUUCUCUGGCAUACAUGAGAGAAUGGUGGAGAGGGAGCUUCAGAGAGACUACACAUACAUUGCUCAUGCUGUGAGUGUGGUCUGUGAGCAACCCCUUCCCUGCUCCCCCCGCCUCCUGGACGUCUUCAACGACACAGCUCUCAUCACCUUCCCCCCCCUCAGCCUUGACAAACUCCCUCCACGCACCUGGGAGCAGCCGCCAGAGCCGCUGUACCAACACUUCCCCGACCUGGAGAUCAUACAGAGACAACAACACAGAUAGGAGGUUCCCUCAUGGAACAGUCUGGAACACUGGGUUGGCCCUGUGUGUGUGUGUGUGUGUGUGUGUGUGUGUGUGCGUGCGUGUGUGGG